AUGAAUUUGAGGGAAGAAAAUGAAGAGGGAAGGGAUCUGAAGAAGCCAUUUCUUCACACAGGAAGUUGGUAUCGUAUGAGUGGGAGACAAUCCAGUGUGUUUGGUUCCACACAAGCCAUUCGUGAUUCCUCCAUCUCAGUCUUUGUUUGUGUUCUAAUCGUUGCUUUGGGUCCAAUUCAGUUUGGUUUCACUGCUGGCUACACCUCACCAACGCAAUCUGCUAUCAUCACUGAUCUCGGCCUCUCAGUCUCUGAGUUUUCUUUGUUUGGUUCUUUGUCCAAUGUUGGUGCUAUGGUUGGAGCAAUAGCUAGUGGUCAGAUUGCCGAGUAUAUAGGGCGUAAAGGGUCUUUGAUGAUUGCGUCCAUUCCGAAUAUUAUUGGUUGGCUGGCUAUCUCCUUUGCAAAAGAUUCUUCUUUUCUUUAUAUGGGAAGAUUGUUGGAAGGGUUUGGUGUAGGCAUAAUAUCUUACACGGUGCCGGUAUAUAUAGCUGAAAUUUCACCUCCAAACUUGAGGGGUGGUUUGGUUUCAGUUAACCAGCUCGCUGUCACCAUUGGAAUUAUGCUGGCGUAUCUGCUGGGCAUUUUUGUUGAAUGGAGAUUCCUCGCAAUUUUAGGAAUUUUACCAUGUACAAUAUUGAUACCUGGCCUUUUUUUCAUUCCCGAAUCUCCUAGAUGGCUGGCAAAAAUGGGAAUGACAGAAGAAUUUGAAACUUCCUUGCAAGUGCUCCGAGGCUUUGAUACUGAUAUUUCUACUGAAGUGAAUGAAAUUAAGAGGGCUGUUGCUUCGACCAACAGAAGAACUACAAUUCGAUUUGUAGAUCUCAAACAAAGAAGAUAUUGGCUUCCCUUAAUGAUUGGAAUUGGACUGCUUAUUUUGCAACAACUUUCUGGAAUUAAUGGUGUUCUUUUUUAUUCCAGUACCAUUUUUCAAAGUGCUGGAAUUAGUUCGAGUGAUGCAGCAACAUUUGGAGUUGGUGCUGUUCAGGUUCUUGCCACCAGUUUAACUUUGUGGUUGGCAGACAAAUCUGGUCGCCGGCUUCUCCUUAUUGUCUCUGCAACUGGAAUGACUUUUAGUCUCUUACUUGUUGCAAUCUCAUUCUAUGUAAAGGCUAGUAUAUCAGAAACUUCUUCCUUGUAUGGGAUAUUGAGCACCUUGUCGCUGGUUGGAGUUGUGGCCAUGGUUAUUGCAUUCUCUCUGGGAAUGGGAGCUAUGCCAUGGAUUAUAAUGUCUGAGAUUCUUCCAAUAAACAUUAAAGGCCUAGCGGGGAGUGUGGCAACACUUGCCAACUGGUUAUUUUCUUGGCUGGUUACACUGACAGCAAAUAUGCUCUUGGACUGGAGUUCUGGAGGAACCUUCACCAUAUAUGCAUUAGUAUGUGCCUUGACUGUAGGAUUUGUUACCAUUUGGGUCCCUGAGACAAAGGGAAAAACCAUUGAAGAAAUCCAAUGGUCAUUCAGAUGA